GCCACAUUCAUAACCUACAAUAGUGUUAUUGACUUUGGAAUAUAUGUGCUUGCAAAAUUUUAGCAAACCCAAAAUUUUCUGUAAAAAAAAUUGUGCCUGUAUUAAUAUUGUCUAAAAAAAACAUAAACACAGUAUGGCGAGUACUUUCUGUUAUGUAUGUAUUUAGAGUUACAAGUACUAAAAAAGACUUGUUAUUUGAAUAUAAACAAUCGGAACAAAAGUAAAAGGAAAAGGCACUUUAUAGAUGGACAAUGCACUCCAGUUUUGCAUUGUGAUUUUAUAACAAUCGAGUCAUGGGAGUCAAUAAUAGCAAAAAAUUAGCAGCCAAAUGUUCAUUUUUAUCCAAAGAUGAACAACUUAUUGUUAGUAAUUCGUUUAAACUCGCCAGUAGGAAUUCAGAGAAAAUAAAAGAAGAGGAAUUAACAAAAUUAUGGGGUUCCCAAAUGGAUCCACGACUAUUGCAAUAUAUUAACAAUUAUUUAUUUGGGAUGGGAGAACAGAGACUAAAUACUGUGGAUUUGGAACGUUUUGCUGAGUUGUUUGUUUUCUGUACAAGAGGUACAGUUGAUGAAAAAGUGAAAGUGUUAUUAACUUCUCUGGGAAAAUCUGAUGGAGAAUGUGGUGAUAUACCUUAUAUUUUGGUUAAGGAGUAUGUUGAGAGCAUUGUCAGUUCCUACAUGAAAAUUCAACGCCUUAGUGGUACAAAACAGUAUAAAAGUUGGGCCGGCAGAGGUUGUAUGGCACAUGCACAAAAUGCGCAACGACUAGCUGAAAGUUUGACCAGAGAUUUAGCGGGAGAAAACGUUAUUUCUCGAAAAUCUAUAGAAAUGUGGCUGCAAGGAAGUACAAUUUUAGGACAAUUACUCCUGUUUGUUUUCAUGCAUUUAUAUAAUAUUUCUCAUAAGGAUAAAACGGCAGUUAUUAGUGAAAAACAACAACCCGCAGGUGCAGAAACUGAGCUGUCAACUAAUGAAAGUGAGAACUCCAGGGAACGUUCGCUCGUUCCGUACUGUCGAGGACUGGAUCUUAUACCAUCCUAUCCGAGUAUUCUUGAUCUCAAUCAAAUUGUUUUUGUCAAUGCAAAUUUGCCGCAGCAGUAUCAGCUGGAAUGGAGAUUUUUGUUCAGCUCUGAAAUACAUGGCGAAUCAUUUUCUACACUGAUAGGGCGCAUUGUAAACCAAGGUCCAUCUGUGUUAGUAUUAGAAGAUCGUAACGGUUAUGUGUUUGGUGGAUUCGCGCCAGCAAAUUGGGCUUUGGGUCCUAAUUUUUUUGGUGACGAUAGCAGUUUUCUUUUUACAUUAGCGCCUCGAAUGCGCAUUUACCCAUCGACAGGAUACAACCAACAUUUCCAGUAUCUUAAUCUACACCAACAAACAAUGCCAAAUGGCUUGGCAUUGGGUGGCCAACAUAAUUAUUGCGGUCUUUGGAUAGAUUCAGAAUAUGGAAAUGGGCAUUCUAGUGAAUCAUGCACAACUUAUGCUGGUUACCAACAAAUGUCUCAUAGCAAGGAAUUUCAUUUUCGGCAUCUAGAAGUUUGGGGGCUUGGGUUGCCGCCCCCAACCCCCCAAGAGAGAGGGGAAAGAGUUACAACAAAGAGUGGCAGUGUACUAGAUGCAAAUGUAGAAAGUAAGGCCAUGCUCAAGAUGGCUGGGAAGCAGAUUCAUAGUGAAGGACUUAGAGAACCACCAAAUGUUUAAAAGUAAAGGUAGAAAUUAUUGAUAAUUUAUGAGGAGAAUCAAUUUCUUGUUUUAAAUCAAUAGAUUUAUUAUACAGGGUACAAUAUAUAAGAAUUUUAUGUGUUGCUUAGAUAUUUAUUAUUAUGCUGCAUUAACAUCUUUUCAAGGAAGUUUGGGUCACGAGCAAUUGUAAUAUAAUUUUGUUUCAGUAUGGUGAGAAAAUAUUUUCAGAUUUUGUUUUCUGAAUUAUCUAGCCUUAAAGAAUUUUAUACACAACUGCUUGCGUAACUUAAGAAUGCAAAAUGGUAGCCAGCAUGUAAUGAGACCAUUAACAUUUAAUUAAGUGUCUCUAUCCAUAAUGUUGUGGAGUCUCAUUGUCUUGAUUAAUUACACAAUCAAAAGGCGAUGGCGGAGCAGAAAAUACAUUAUAAUAUGUUUUAAAUGAUGAAGGUAUUCAAAAAAUACUUAAAGAGUGAUUAAAUAUGAAGUUCAAUUCUAUGGUUUUAAAAUGAAACCAAUCAAUCAAUUUUUGAUUUGGAUUAGAUAGUCGGAAAAUGUUUAUAAUAUGGUGCGACUAUUAGGAGCUGUUUUUGUGAUGAUCCUCGUUAUUUAUUUAUGAAAUAGAUGUUAUUUAAGUUGUUCCAUUAAUAUCACGAAUAUCCUCCAUAUAUUGUAUUUUAAAGUUAUUAUAUUAUAUAUAAUAAAUUGGCGCAAAGAAUCCAACAAGGCAUGUUUAUUGAGUACAUAGUACUACGCGAAUGAAUCAACUGUGAAACACACAACACUUUUUUGUCACUAACCUUAAGGAUUUAAAUUUAAUAAAAAAACCUAUUAUGACCACAGUUUAGCG